CUCUUCUCUGGCCCGGCCUCCGCUCCAGCGCCAUCCGACGCGUCCCGCGCCAUUCUCUCGCGCUUCAGCUCCGUUUCCGGGGCGUAUCCAACCGUUCACUUGACCGUCGAUUACAAUGGCGCCGGCCAGACAUCUCCCCGAGCGCCACAACCACCUCUUAACGGAAGAUGUGCCGCCUUACAGCGAAAUGGUCGCGCGUCGCCGGCUUGGGCAGACACAACUGACGGCGCGCAUGGUUGCCGCUGUUCCAGGCGGCGAAGUGGACCCGUCGGCGCUGGGCGCGUUCGAUUACGCGCACCUGCGGGUUCCACUGCCAAAGGGGAUCACCUCGGGCAUCUUCAAGUCGUCUCCUCCCAGCUACUUCCUCAUGCGACGCAGCGUGGACGGCUUCGUAUCCGCCACCGGCAUGUUCAAGGCCACGUUCCCAUACGCCACGCAGGAGGAGGAGGAGGCGGAGCGCAAAUACAUCAGGUCACUCUCGUCUACAAGCCCGGAGGAGACGGCUGGGAACGUGUGGAUUCCGCCCGAGCAGGCUUUGGCGCUGGCUGAGGACUACAAGAUUGUGCCCUGGAUCCGUGCCCUCCUUGACCCGUCGGACAUCCUGCCCAAUGCCACCACGGACAGCGGACCUCCCAAGAAGAUCAUGGCGCCCCCCAAGUUCUUCUCCGGGCAGCCGGCUCUGGCUCCGCCAACCCCGAUUUCCUCGCGCGCGUCGCGCAGCCGCCGCUCCGUUAGCCCGACCAAGUCGACCGGCAGCAAACGCGCGGUGGCGAGCCCGCGGAAGCGCAGGGUCGCUUCGUCGCAGUCGUCCGUCGCCACCGACAGCCUUCCGCCCAGUUCCAGUGAUUCCGUGUCUCCUACGUUGGUGAACGGAGAGACCCCUUUCCAGUCCCAAGUGUCGACGCUCUCAACGGCCAAGUUGGCAAAGGUUGAGGGGCCCGCCGAGACCGAGGUCAGGAUCGAGUCGAUCGAGAAGGAGCCGGCUGUGGUGCUCCAGGCCGUGGAGGAGGAGCCCAAGAUCAAGGUGCAUGUUGACCAGGACGUCAAGGUGGACUCCGAAGGUGACGAAGUCAAGCGCACCAAUGUCGAGGUCGAGGUUCCCAUCCUCGGCGAGCUCCCAUCCUCCGAAGACGCCGCCAAGAUGGUUGCCGAGGCCAAAGCCAUGGUUGAGGCUGCGGUCAAGGCUGACAACGAGUCUGCAGCUGCUGCCAGCAGCAAGGGCAAGCGGAAAGCGGACGAGAUUGCCCAGGAUGAAGACGUCAAGGAGGGCGAGGAGGCCGCCGUUGAGCCUCCCAAGACCAAGAAGGUGAAGACAGAAGCCGAGCUCCGCAAGGAGAAGAUCCGCAAGAGGGCCUAUCUUGGCCUCACGGCGACCGUCGCCGUUGGGGCGUUCGGUGCAUUGCUCCCCGUGAUUGGACCCUACGUCAUGAAUGCUCUCUGAUUUCCUGGAUCACCCGCUUCGCUCGUGCAUGGUGGUGGUUUAUACGAUGGUGCGCUGAGCGACUAUGCGUUCGGCGCUGUGGAGUUCCAACUCUCCGCAGCUUCCCACCAAUCUCUUUUGAAUUGAAGUCGUUGGAGAAGAAUUUCGGGAUGGCAGAGGUGGCCUUUUUUUUUUUUUUUCUUGCCAUUUGGACAUGCUUCAGUGAUCCUUGUUUUAUGCA